CGCGUUGCUAGGGGUCUAGCGGUUGCUAAGGGCUUCGCGGCCUGGUUUCCUUCUGCAGCCUGACCUCCACUCCGCUGUCAUGUUCAAGGCAGUGACAUUUCUGGCUGUUCCCUCUAGCCUGAGUUUCGCCACUCUCCAUGUACAUGCAUCCAGUGAAACAAAAGCCCCUCAGAAGACACUCCUAAAAGUGGAAGAGCUUUCCCUAUAUUCCAGUCCAUCCCCAGAAACCAGAUAUGUUGAAGACAAGAAAACAGAAUUGGAGGAGGGUAUUUCAUGGUUGAGAGCAUCUACUGCACCAUAUACUAAGUGGUGUCAGGAUGUGUAUGCAAAGGCCAAGCCUAAAGUUGAGACUUCUGUAGAACACUCAAAAGUGACAUAUGAAAUGCUAAGAGAUGCACCACCAGGAUUCUACCCCAGGCUUGGCUUGAUUGGGUUUGCUGGAAUCGUAGGAUUAUUCCUUGCAAAAGGUUCAAGGAUAAAGAAAAUAAUAUAUCCACUUGGGUUUAUGGGAAUUGGUGCCUCCCUUUAUUAUCCCCAGCAAGCGGCUACAAUUGCCAAGGACACUGGUACUGUCUUGUAUGACUGGAGUCUGCAAGGAUUUGUUACUUUAGAGUCUUUGUGGAAAGAUGGUGGGAAAAAGAAAUCCUCCAAAAAACAUGAAACGCCUGCGAGUUCAGACCAAGCCGUAAGCAGUGAUCCAUCACCAUCUGACAGAACACAGCCAGAGACUAAAAGCUCCAAGUAAAGAUUUUCCAAAUGAUUUGCACUUUUGUUGUGGAACAGUUUCUAGUGCAACUCAGGAAAUCCACAAUUGCACCGAAGCAUCUGAGGAUCUAUGUAAAACAAGAAAUCCAUCAACAUGAAGCAAUUACCAUCCAAAGUCAAAUUGUAUAAAGUGUACAUCAGCUAAUAAACAUGUUUGAUUUGCAAAUA